AUGCGCGGCCGGCGGGGAGCGCGCCGCUCGCGGGCCCUGGCACAGAGCGGGCGCCCGGCGCCCUGGCACCCGCGCCCGGAUAUGGGGCGGCUCGGUCGUCCCGGCAGCUGCAGCACCAGCCGGAGGAGAAACCUGCCGCCUCUGCUUCUGUGUCUCCUCUUCGUGGGACCCUUCCACUGCCUGGCCAGCUACAGCCGGGCCACGGAGCUCCUGUACAGCCUGAACGAGGGGCUGCCGGCCGGCGUGCUCAUCGGCAGCCUGGCCGAGGACCUGCGCCUGGCGCCCCGCGCCCCGGGCCGGCCGGACCCGCAGCCGCCGCAGCGCGCCCCGCAGCCCGGCCCGCCGCUCUCCUUCAGCCUGGCCUCCCGCGGCCUCAGCGGCCAGUACGUGACCCUGGACAACCGCUCCGGGGAGCUGCACACGUCCGCCCGGGAGAUCGACCGCGAGGCCCUGUGUCUGGAAGGAGGCGGCGGUGGAGGGGCUGCCGGGGGCGACAGCAUCUCCAUCGCCUCCUCCCCUUCUCCGGACUCCUGUCUGCUGCUGCUGGACGUGCUGGUCCUGCCUCAGGAAUACUUUCGGUUCGUGAAGGUGAAGAUCGCCAUCCGGGACGUCAAUGACAACGCCCCGCGGUUCCCCGUUUCCCAGAUCUUGGUGUGGGUCCCGGAGAAUGCACCUGUCAACACCCGCCUGGCCAUUGAGCAUCCUGCCAUGGACCCCGAUGUAGGCACCAACGGGGUGCAGACCUACCGCCUGCUGGACUACCACCGCAUGUUCACCCUGGACGUGGAGGAGAAUGAGAACGGGGAGCGCACGCCCUACCUCAUUGUCAUGGGCCUGCUGGACAGGGAGACCCAGGACCAGUAUGUGAGCAUCAUCAUAGCCGAGGACGGUGGCUCUCCACCUCUGCUGGGCAGUGCCACCCUCACCAUCGGCAUAAGUGACAUUAACGACAACUGCCCUCUGUUCGCAGACUCGCAGAUCAAUGUCACGGUGUAUGGGAAUGCCACGGUGGGCACACCGAUUGCAGCUGUCCAGGCUGUGGAUAGAGACUUGGGGACCAACGCCCAGAUCACCUACUCUUACAGCCAGAAAGUUCCACAAGCGUCCAAGGAUUUGUUCCACCUGGAUGAAACCACCGGCGUCAUUACACUUUCCAGCAAGAUCGGGGGGAGUGUCCUGCAGACACACAGGCUCACCAUCCUUGCUAAUGGUCCAGGCUGCAUCCCUGCUGUGAUCACGGCCAUGGUGUCCAUUAUCAGAGUCACUUUCAGACCACCGGAAAUCGUCCCUCGUUAUAUAGCCAACGAGGUAGACGGCAUUGUGUAUCUGAAAGAGCUGGAGCCUGUAAACACUCCAGUGGCUUUCUUCACCAUAAGAGAUCCAGAAGGUAAAUACAAGGUGAACUGCCAUCUGGAUGGCGAAGGGCCCUUUAGGUUAUCGCCCUACAAACCGUACAGUAACGAAUAUUUGCUGGAAACCACAAAACUGAUGGAUUAUGAGCUACAGCAGUUCUAUGAGGUAGCUGUGGUGGCCUGGAAUUCUGAGGGAUUUCAUGUCAAAAAGAUCAUUAAAGUUCAACUUUUAGAUGACAAUGAUAACGCUCCUGUUUUCCUCCAGCCCUUGAUAGAACUAACCAUCGAAGAAAACAAUGCACCCCAUGCCUUCUUGACGAAGUUGUAUGCUACGGAUGCUGACAGUGGUGAGAGAGGCCAGGUGUCCUAUUUUCUGGGACACGAUGCUCCAUCCUAUUUUUCCUUGGACAGUGUCACCGGAAUUCUGACAGUGUCUACUCCGCUGGACCGAGAAGAGAAAGAGAAGUACAGGUACACAGUCAGAGCAGUUGACUGUGGGAAGCCACCCAGGGAAUCGUUAGCCACCGUGGCUCUCACCGUGUUGGAUAAAAAUGACAACAGCCCUAGGUUCAUCAACAAGGACUUCAGCUUCUUUGUGCCGGAAAACUUCCCAGGAUACGGCGAGAUCGGAGUAAUUAGCGUAACAGACGCUGAUGCUGGGCGGAAUGGAUGGGUUGCCCUGUCCGUACUGAACCAGAGUGAUAUUUUUGUCAUAGACACCGGAAAGGGCAUGCUGAGAGCUAAGGUCUCUUUGGACAGGGAGCAGCAAAGCUCCUAUACCUUGUGGGUGGAAGCUGUCGAUGGAGGUGAGCCCGCCCUCUCCUCUACCACAAAAAUCACCAUUCUCCUCCUUGAUAUCAAUGACAACCCUCCGCUUGUCUUAUUUCCUCAGUCUAAUAUGUCUUACCUGUUGGUUCUGCCUUCUACUCUCCCGGGUUCCCCCGUGACAGAGGUCUAUGCUGUUGACAAAGACACGGGCAUGAAUGCUGUCAUAGCCUACAGCAUCAUAGGGAGGAGAGGCCCUAGGCCCGAGUCCUUUAGGAUUGACCCCAAAACUGGCAACAUUACUUUGGAGGAGGCUCUGCUGCAGACAGAUUACGGACUCCACCGUUUACUGGUGAAAGUGAGUGACCAUGGUUACCCUGAGCCUCUCUAUUCCACGGUCAUGGUGAACCUAUUUGUUAAUGACACUGUCAGUAAUGAGAGCUACAUCGAGAGUCUUUUAAGAAAGGAGCCGGACAUUAAUAUAGAGGAGAAAGAGCCACAGAUCUCGAUAGAACCCACUCAUAGGAAAGUCGAAUCUGUGUCCUGCAUGCCCACCUUAGUAGCCCUGUCUGUAAUAAGCUUGGGUUCUAUCACACUGGUAACAGGGAUGGGCAUAUACAUCUGCUUAAGGAGAAGGAAAAAGCACCCCAGGGAAGAUGAAAGUUUGGAAGUACAAAUUCCACUAAAAGGAAAAAUCGACUUGUACAUGAGAGAGAGGAAACCGAUGGAUAUUUCUAAUAUUUGA